AUGGCUUCCAGUCGAUGGGAAGACUUACGUAAAAAAGCAAGACAACUUGAAAAUGAAAUUGACCUCAAAUUGGUAUCCUUUAGCAAACUUGGGACGACUUAUGCUCACCGAGAAGGCUCCCAAGAUGGGUCAGAUAAAACCCCUCUUCUCAAUAACAGCUCAACAGAUCGAAUGUUUGAAACAAUGUCCAUCGAAAUCGAGCAACUGUUAUCCAAACUGACCGAAGUAAAUGAUUUAAUGGCUGAAAAUGCAUCUGGAUUACACGCUCUUGGCCAGUCAAAUGCAGCCCAACUUCAUACACUUCAAAGACACAGAGAUAUCCUGCAAGAUUAUUCUCAUGAAUUCUCAAAAACCAAGGCAAACAUCCAGACUUACAAGGACAGAAAGGAUCUGCUUGGCUCUGUUCAAAGAGAUAUCAAUGCAUACAAGUCGGGCCUUAAUCGUCGUAGUGAUCUUUACCUCAAAGAAAAUGAACACAUAAGAAAUUCAGAUAGGCUUGCAGAUGAAGCAAUAGGAAUUGCCCUUGCAACCAAAGAAAAUCUUCAAGGCCAGCGUGGAAUUCUUCAAGGAGUCACAGGCCGACUAACUAAUGUAACGCAAAAAUUUCCUGGUCUUAACAAUCUGAUGCAAAAGAUCAAUUUUAGAAAGCGRAGGGACACUAUCAUUUUAGCAUGCGUCAUUGCUGGAUGUACUAUCAUGCUAUUGUUGUAUGCUUUAAGGUAACAAUACUUGGAUGCUGUCGUCUCUAACCGAUCCCAAGUUGUCUUACUUCUACUCUUAGUGCUGCAAUGCAUCAUGGGAAGAAGAGUGAGAGAYRASUGGGGGGAGGRAUGGGUCUUGUUGGCCUCCUGAAAGAUGUGGUACUAAUUAACAAUUAGACCUCGAGGUYGAGUGGACUACGAKCUAAUAGCCCAUGAGGC